GUGAUAAUUUUUCAUCGAAUUUUCCUCCAUAAAACUGUGCAGUAAUUGCUUAAUAGUGAAUAAAAGCGUCCUGCAACAUGUCGGCACACGAUCAAAUGCGGGCAAUGCUUGAUCAGCUGAUGGGAACAGCUAGAAAUGGCGAAACCAAUCGUUACUCGGUCAAGUUCUACGACAGCAAAGUAUGUAAGAGUUUUUUAUUAGGCUGCUGCCCGCACGAGAUCCUGGCCUCAACGCGUAUGGAUCUUGGCGAAUGUCCAAAGGUGCACGAUCUGGCCCUGCGAGCUGAUUAUGAGAAUGCAUCGAAGAACAAGGAUUACUACUACGAUGUUGAUGCAAUGGAACAUCUGCAGGCCUUCAUUGCCGAUUGCGAUCGUCGCACGGAAGCGGCCAAGAAACGGCUCGCCGAAACACAGGAAGAAUUAACCGCCGAAGUUGCCGCUAAAGCAAACGCAGUCCACGAACUUGCCGAAGAAAUCGGCAAGAAGCUUGCCAAAGCGGAAGCACUCGGUGAGGCUGGCCAGGUCGAGGAAAGCAUGAAGCUUAUGUCGGAAAUCGAAGAGCUGCGUUCGGAAAAAUCUCGUGCUGAGCAGGAGUAUCGUAGUUCGAUACCGGCCAGCACUUACCAGCAGCAGAAGCUGCGAGUAUGUGAAGUUUGCUCCGCCUAUCUGGGCAUACACGAUAACGAUAUACGGCUGGCGGACCAUUUUGGUGGUAAGCUUCAUCUGGGAUUUUUGGCCAUUCGGGACAAGCUGGCAGAGUUGGAAAAAACGGCUGGGCCGCGCCAGAAGGAGCUACGCAAAACGGGACGCGAUCGUGACCAUGAGGAUCGUAGCCGUUCGCGGUACGUUGGUGGACGAGAGCUGGAUCGACGAUCCCGCGCUUUGGCACGCAGUCGUGAUCGUAAGGAUACGGCGGGUCGCGAUGUUAAACCGACGGAAGAUCGUAAAGAUCGCAAUGAAGGUCGUGAUCGUGAUCGCGGUGACAGACGCCGCUCAUCCGAUCGCAGCAAUCGGCGGUCUCGAAGCCGCGAUCGUAGUCGUGAUCGUCACAAUGAUCGUAAUAACGAUCGUAGGCGGCGAUCAAGAUCACGUGAAAGAUCCAGACGGUAAGCAACUUUCAUUCUGUAGACAUCCCAAUAAAAAAAAAACAGGUAAUAGCGGAUAGGAUAGCUGAAUA